GUCAUCUGACAGCGGCACACAUGAACCUCAGCGCCGCUGCUGCUGCAGACGGAGCUGGUCACCCGCGCAUCCGAACACCCGCUCCCCGGCGUCUUCAUUCAAACGGGGGCAGCAACAUGUCAGGAUACAGCCGAGUCUCUGAGGACUGAAGCGUAGGAGGAGAGCCGCGCCGCGAACGCUCGCUGACGUUUAGUUAGCCCGCAGGCUAGUGGCAGCUAGCUGCCGAGCGGAGUUCUGCUUUGUGCCGUCAGCUCGCUAGCGAAGCGAAGGUCGGAGGGACUCACGUUAGCUGAUAGUGCGGAGCGGGUGCAGUUCGCCAUUCAGCCCCAUUAAGGUGUCACUUGAAUGGUUUGCUUUGAUGCUGUGCGACAUUUUGUUUUGCUCGUGUCACCCCGCCUCACGUUUUUACCGUUUCAUGCGUUUAUUAAUUUAACGAAAUUUAACGGUUGAUGUUUGCCCAGCUAGCUAGCUAGCUAAUCGGCUAUGCUAACGCCAGCUCAGUGAGAGCUCGCUCGCGGGGGUGCGGAGAGCUCCAGGCGGGUCAAGCGGGAGAGGUGACUUGUGAUGUGGGCUGAGGGAAGCGGCGGUCUGUCAGGAGAAGGACAGCAGCAGCAUUAACUCAAACACGUUGUGUGUGUUUCUCAUUCGAAUCAUCGUCGAGGUUGAGGGGCCAUAGCGUCUGUCAAGCUGAGUGCGGGGCGUUGGAUGAAGGAGGAAAGAAUCGGGGCACUUUGAUUUGCGAGCAGGCUAAAUGAACAGUGUCGGUGUCGCUGCAUCGUGAACCGGUGGCCACCGCGCCAGCUUGAAGGGGGGGGUUCAAGUCCAGAUUAUCGCACAGACUGCAUCAACCAGCCAGUUUGCUUUAAGAUGGCUUCGGCGAUCAGCAUUGCCGCAUCCAUUGCGAGCAAGACGAAGACCAAGAAGAAGCACUUCGUCGCCCAGAAAGUGAAGCUCUUCCGUGCCAGCGACCCUCUGCUCAGCGUGGUCAUGUGGGGAGUCAACCACUCGAUAAAUGAGUUAAGCCAUGUUCAGAUUCCCAUCAUGCUCAUGCCAGACGACUUCAAGGCCUAUUCCAAGAUCAAAGUGGACAACCACCUCUUCAACAAGGAGAACAUGCCCAGCCAUUUCAAGUUCAAGGAGUACUGCCCUCUGGUGUUCCGAAACCUCAGGGAGAGGUUUGGCAUCGAUGAUCAGGAUUUCUUGAACUCACUGACACGUAGUGCUCCCUUGAACAGUGAGGCCCAGGGACGGAGCGGGGCCCGCUUCCACACUUCUUAUGACAAACGCUACGUCAUCAAGACCAUCAGCAGCGAGGAUGUGGCAGAAAUGCAUAACAUUCUUAAGAAAUACCAUCAGUUCAUUGUGGAGUGCCAUGGCAACACGCUUCUGCCUCAGUUUCUGGGGAUGUACCGGCUCACAGUGGAUGGAGAUGAGACCUACAUGAUUGUCACACGCAAUGUUUUCUCCCAUCGACUCUCUGUCUACAAGAAAUAUGAUCUCAAGGGUUCUACCGUGGCAAGAGAGGCCAGCGACAAGGAGAAGGCCAAGGAGCUGCCCACCUACAAGGACAAUGACUUCAUCAACGAUGGGCAGAAAAUCAGCAUUGACGACGAGAACAAGAAAAUGUUCCUGGAGAAGCUCAGGAAAGACGUGGAGUUCCUGGCCCAGCUGAAGCUCAUGGACUACAGUCUGCUGGUGGGGAUCCACGACGUGGAGCGAUCCGAGCAGGAGGAGGUGGAGAGCGAGGACAACGAGGCAGACGAGGAGGGAGAGAGUGACGGAGGGGGCAUUGGGACGCCCCCUGACAGCCCCAGCAACACCCUGGACAGCAACAAGCCUCUGUCACCUGGAGAGUUUGAUCCCACCAUCGAUGUCUAUGCCAUCAAAAGCAAUGAUAGUGCUCCCAAGAAGGAGGUUUACUUCAUGGCUAUCAUAGACAUCCUGCAGCAUUAUGAUGCCAAGAAGAAAGCUGCCCAUGCCGCCAAGACUGUCAAACACGGGGCCGGGGCCGAGAUCUCCACCGUGAACCCGGAGCAGUACUCCAAGAGGUUUUAUGAUUUCAUCACCACUAUCCUGUCAUAGCCUCCAGGAGCCUACGGGGUCACAGAGGCACACUGGGUGGGGGAAAGGGAGGACAAGUGGGGAGCAGGGCCGAGAAGAAAAGAGAAAAAUUAAACCCACGAAGAGUCUGAAUUAACAAAGUGCUGUGAUGGCUUUGUAUCGCUCUCCCUCACUCGUUCUGGUCAUCCCUCCCUCUUUGUUUCUCUCUUUCAGUGGGGGUGCUUCGCUCUGCAGCUAAAAACAACAUCAUUCGUUUACAUUUAACCUCUUCCUCUGAGUUUUGUUCAUGUGUUACUUUGGAUGAUAAGUGUGUUAAAAGCAAGUGUUCAAGUCAUUACGUUUUUUUUAUUUGUUUUGUCUGAGGUUGUUUAUGUGGGAAUAUGGCUGAUUUUUUUAUUGCCUCUAACAUAACAUCCAGCACCCUGAAUUUUUUUUUAAUAUAUAAAUAUGUUGAUGUUUAUAUUCGUCUUUUCCUUUAUGAAUGCAGGGGUCAGAAUUUGGCUCAAGGUUCCUCUUGCAGAGAGAAAGCUUGAGAAUGAUGUAAAAAAAUACAAAAACAAGGACGUUGAGGUUGCGACUCGUCUAAUGCAAAUUGAUUUCAGGAAGUAGGAAGCAGUCUUCCAAUAGGCCAACAGCCAGACCCCCACCCAUAUGCUGUACGAGUUCUUAGCCUAACAAAUUAUCCUGUUUUGGUUCCUCCUCCAUCGCCCGUCCUUUAAACGCGUCCCCUUCCCUUGACGUCCCGUCGUGUGUACAGAUAAUGAAUUGAACUUCUGGGUUAUCCCCUCGCGACAAACUCAAACAAACAUCCACCGUCGAGACAAAUUCACUCGUUGCAAUAAAUGAUGAUAUGUGUUUCCUAGUCGCACCUCUGCGUCGCUCAGUGUUUGGUCCCUUUUGUUGUGAUUGUUGCAGUUAUUGAUAACAACUGAGGUAAGACAUGCAUCUGUGUCAUUUUCUCUGAAUACGUUGGUCAUUGUUUGUUAAGUCACGGUUUCGGUUCCCUCGGCGGGGAAUGACUCAGAAGUUUCUUGUGGCCGUCUAAGAGUGAGUCGCUAGUCGUUCUUUCUUUCUCACAGUUUCAGGUUGAAACAUCAGCAGCCCUCAACUUUCUGUUGCCAUCAGCACCUUAUGAGUAAAAUCAAAAAAGAAAUAAAGUUGCACUUUUAUGUUGUUAGAGGUUAGGAGCUCUUGUUCUGUUACAUGUGCUGCAACAAAGAGGAAAAGGAACUCAGCUCUCUUAGGUUUGAAUUUUUGUAGCCUGAUUUUUAAAUCCUGUCUCCUCCAUCGGUUCUUACCAACUGGUACAACUCACAGGGAUUGUUUGGGAAGAAUUCACAGCAAUGCUUAAAAAAAAAAAAAAACAGAAAUCAUUUCUGUUAACACGUCGUUUGCAAGCAAAUCUCUCCAAUCUGUAAUCUGUGGUGAUGUCGUGGCAGGUGUUUGGGAGCAGGCGACAGUGAGACUGCAUUCAGGACAAACAGAGGAAAGUUUACCUCCAGCAUCGUACCAGCACACACCCAGUGGUGGCGAGCCGUGUGUGUGUGUGUCAGUGUUCAGACGUUGUACAGGAGUGAUAACGAACAGAGAGGAGGGAGGUUCAGAAGAGCAGCUGCAGAUGUAAAGCUAUGUUAAGACACUCUCCUCUCUAACCUCAGCUGUGAGUCUGUUACUCGUGUCGUCUGUGUCAUCAUUGUUGAAUUUUUUUUUUAAAGGUGGUUUAUCUGUGUUUGAAUUUGGCAGUUAUGAAUUGAUGUGGUAGUAAUUUUUUUGAGUUUGAGGUUGUUUUUUUUUUUGUAUAUUUUGCACAAGAGGAAAGGAACCAAACGUUACAAAUCUGAUCCCAUUUAGUCUAUACGGUCUUAACAAGGGAAAUGCAAUAUACUUGUGUGUAAGUGAGAAAAGUUGUUGUGCGCGUGACGUUGUGUAUCACCUCUCGAUAACCAACUAAAACAAGUUAACGUCGUCCUCCUUGACUUAUUCUUACCCAUGCAAAAGCUUCCAUUGCAAUAUGUUUGCUUAGAUAUCAUAGAAUAUAUUCACAAUUAUAUUUUUACAUUGGAUUUUAGUCAUGAAAUAUAGUUGUAUUUAAAAAAAUAAAAUAAAAAAAACAAGGAGCCACAUGUGGGAAUGAAUGAUGGUGCUGUGGUAAAUGAAGAAUGAUAGUGCUUGAAUUUAUACAAUGUUUAGUGUAGAUGUACUUUUAAAAGAAAAGUCAUAAAAAAAGUGCAUGUCACAGGACUAAGUUUCCUUCGCCCUCUCGUCCGUGUCGUCAGCUGUUCAGGUUCCCGUGCGUCUCCACGUUAUAACCAUAUUUGUGAUCUGUGUUCAGCGUAAAUUGGUCCCUUGUCAUGCUUUAAAUAACUGGUUCUCAUUGUAUACACUGUGCAAGAUGUGUGCCUUUAUACUCCAAAAUGAUUUAAUUUUAUAUUUUCUAAUCUUUUUUUUAAACAAAAGGUAAACGUUUUUUUUAAUAAUAGGGUGUUUUAUUUUGACGUACCAUUACUUCCGACUUAUUUUCAACCGUGUCCCCACUUCAAUUUCCCGUCUAUCGUGUGUUUUCAGUUCGUUCACGUCCGUUAAACAAAACCAUCCUAAUGAUUGUGUUUUAACCGACAAGUGAAUCGCUGUCUUACAUUUGAAGACGGUGGAUCCGUUUGGACAUUCUGAUAAUUCAGAGGCGUCGUCUUCCUUCUCCUCAGACUGGAGCUGGCGUGCGCUGAAGUGAAUCCCUUCUCCGUUCACACUGCUCCUGCCUUUAUAGAGAGCGUUUUGUCUGUGUGUGUGGAAGUGCAUUGUGGAGUACGUGAUUGUGUUGUGUCACACGGACUGGCGGCUUUUGUGCCCGUCAGCAUCUUCCUCCCACUUCCCCUGCAGAUGCAAUCACAUUUUAGGAAUGUGAUCGUUUUUAUUCAAAAGUGUUUGUCCAAAGUUUCACUUUGUUUUCGAUGUCCAACUUCCAUUCACAUCCUCUUGCUCCUUUACCUCCGUCUGUGUGUGUGUAACCCGGAUCCCCGCUUGUUGUCAGGGGAGAGGAUCUGCUGAUAUCUCAUCCUGAGUCAGUGGUCGAUGUUUCUAUGCUCCGUCACUAUUAAUGGGUUGUUUUCUUGUUUUAUUGUUCAUGGGUCGUGUCAUAAAGGAAAACUCUGACUCUGCUUUGCUCUGUUUGGCCCUGGAGGCUUCCUGUAGUCAAACAUCAGCAAAUGUAGAAAACAGAGCAGUGCAUGCUGGGAGAGUGUUGUUGUUUUUAUUUUCCGUUUUGUGUGUUGUUUUUUUUUACAAAGUAACAACUCUGGAUUUCACAUAACAAAGACAAAACCAGACUUUAACUGAUGCAAAUUAAAGACAAUUAUAAUCCACGUGCCCUGCUGCUGUACAAGUCCUCGCUUUCAUGGCGUCUCUCAUGAACAAACUCCUUCACUCAUUAACCAGUUGACCUGCUGCCAGCUUUAACUUGCCAAAAACAAAAAAAAGCAUCUUUCAGCAAUCACAACCACCCGACAUGAGCUUGAAGAACAUUGUGUUUUUUUCGUGUAAUGUGUCUGUUUGAAAUUAUUUGUUCUUUUCCAACUGGGAGAUGGUGCAACGCUGAAAAUGCCCAGAGUUCUCCAUUGAGUGUAAAGGGAAGAAUUAAAAUGAAAAAAUGCACAUGACUGGAGGCCGGGCACAAUCUGCAGAGCUGGAGAAAUGUCCUUUUGGCUUUAAAAAAAAACUCAUAAAUCCUAUUGGAUUAUAGGUAAAAAUUCUCAGAAAUGGUCAAAACACAAGAGACCAGGAAAUCUUCGCCUGCAGAAAGUGCUUUGACCUCACAACAGCCCCAAGUCCUUUUAGACUAUACUUCUAAAAGACUCAAGCAUUAGUGUGUGUGCGUGUGUGUGUAUUGCUGUCUGACAGUGGUUGGUGAGAGUUCCCUUUCAGUGGCAGAAAAGCCAAAAUGAUGUUGUAUGUUUUAUUGUUCUACACAUUUAAUGAUAAUAAUACACUCCAUUCCAUAGGCCUUCACUCAAACCAAUUAAAGCACUUGUUCUGCUUAA